ACCACGCUUGCCCCAUUGCACAACACUCACUCGACUGAACACCUCAGUUGGCAAGCACUACGAAAAACACUGUGGUCGCUCGUCCGCUUCAUCUGCCUACCUGGUGACUUUCCAUCCUUAAGAAACCGCCAUACCCAACUCUGGACACCAUUGACACUGCCCUUUUCGUGGUUUUGCGGAUAUUCCAGUACUGGCCUUGUCAGCCCUGCCUGUCUUAUCCUCCUCCUCUCGCCCAAUCCAUUCACCAUCGUGAAGCACCAGCACCACCACAACUGGGGCCAGUGCGGGAAAUUCCUUUCUCACGUGUCCGCCGCUCAAGCAACCUCGAUCGUCGGAGGACCUUCUGCGACAUUCUCAGCGUCCGAAUCAAACCCGUCACGUCAUACCGAUCAAGCAACCAUCCGAGUCCAGACCAGCUCGCUCUCUCCCUCACUUCUUACCGAAAGCAGUCAUAGUGACAGGUCCCCGCGUCCUGUUUCUGUCUCCACCUGUUCGCCUGUAUCAUGCCGGCUGCAGUCCACGCGCCACUCAUCACCCCUACCGGCUUCAUCUUCAAAGAGAAAUCUGGGGAGCCGCUGGUGCCUGCUUUCACCGCCGUGAAUGGACGGACUUCUCCCCUGUCCCCUCGCAGGCCGAGUGGUAUGAGUUCAAUGGCCACCGAUUCUCUUCACAUUUUGACCCGGACUACUCCCCCUGAACAGCCACCACAGGAGCCAAAGGGUCCUUUGCCCGACAGAGAUGACUGGCAUCCUGCCCCGCCAGCAGCAGCAGCAGCAUCAGACAGCGCUCGCCAUCGCCCAGCCUCGCCCACCGCCUCUCCGGCGAGCCCUCCCACAACGAAUAUCAAGAGGAAGCGCUCCAGCUCGCCCGAGGCUUCUCCCCCCUCGACAUCUCCCGACCGGCCCACGACGACACGGUCUCGUUUGGACUCCUUUCCACCUUUACGACAGGACGUGUCCCCUCCCGCAGUCUCCUCGGUAUAUCACUUGGUCAACGAACAUCCGCACCCUCGCACUCUGCCACCUAUAGAAACCUCCGAUCCGGACCUCAACUGGCCAGCCUCUUCUCACAAUGCGCAACACAGUCGAUUCGAAACCCAGCGUCACGAAUCUCACAGAGACCCUGCCGCUCCGAUGUAUCCAAGUUCUCAUUCAGACUCCCAUGGGACUGGUCUGGAAGGCCCCAACGGCUCAGAGCGCUCCACCACUACGGAAAUGACCCGGGCUGGUGUUCAAGUGGACCCCAAAAAAAGGAAAAGGCAAUUUGCCAAUCGAACCAAAACUGGAUGCGGUACAUGUCGUAGACGAAAGAAGAAAUGUGAUGAAGCCAAGCCAGAGUGCAACAACUGCCAGCGUGGUGGCUUCAUUUGCGAAGGUUAUGCAAACAAGAUCCCGUGGCCAAAAAACGGGCCGCAGAAACCGCCGCCCUUGCAAGCCAAAGACCGUUUCCCUCCGGAACACUCCCAGCUUUAUCACAGUCACGGUACAGCACGCGAACCAUACGGAGAUCCAAACAGCCAGUCUGCCGUGGAUGGUGGACGAGGCCGGCCAAUUGUGGUCGAAGAGCACAACCCUCAACCCCCUACAAGCAGAUGGGGUCCAGACUGGAGCGAGCCACCACGCACCUCCUAUCCCUCUGAUCAGCAGACCCAUCCGCAGCACUCACGGCCUCCAUUGGAGUACUCGCAACCUCUCCCAGUCUCCAGUCACAGCCAGUCGCGUCCAAGUGAUCAACAGCAUUCACCUCCAAGCCAAACGCUACCUCCCCCAAGACAGCACAAUCCUCGAAUUUACCAUCACACUCCUCAAACCAUGAGCCAAGUAGUCAAUCAUAGCCCGGCGGUAACGGCAGAGGCCCCUUCGCAUCACCCACCGCAGCCCUUGCCCCCACAGCCCCACCAUAGCCAUCCACCGGCCAUUGCGUCUCUCACUGCUGCUCCCCCUGGGCCUCCCCCAAAUCACUAUGCGCCUCCGCCUCCAUCGAGAUCACACAAGAGUGAAAAAGAGAAAAUGUUGAACGGGGAGCCGUUCAUGCCCUUUGCGCCACAACUAGUUGAAGAGCGCGACAAGUGCAAAAGUGCCGUCUACCGGUUCAACAACACUGACAAUCCACAAAAGGAAAUCGCAAGAGAGACGCGAGACAAUAUCUUUAGAGCCAUAUUGGCAGCAAGAUGGACUAUUCCGUACAGUGAGCCGGGUAAACCACCUCCUUGCGGACACCUUGGCCGGGAGGGCGUCUACAUUGACUCGCCCUUCAUGUGCGAAUAUGGAUACAACCUUUCAAUUGGCGACAAUGUGGACAUUGGAACUUCCUGCAAGUUUCUCGAUUCUGGCAGGAUAUCAAUCGGCCGGAACUCGUCUAUUGGUGCAAAUGUAACCAUCGACACACAGCGCACACCAGGCGACUGUAAAGUGAUUAAAGGCAGUCGUCGAACUGCCAUAGCCGCCGAGGUCCACAUUGGAGAGAAUGUCCAUAUUGGCUCCAACUGCACCAUUCUUGCCGGCGUGAGGAUUGGCGCGGGUGCUAUUGUUCACCCUGGGUCUGUCGUUGUCCGGGAUAUACCACAAAAUUGCGUUGCUCGUGGCAACCCUGCGGACUACGUCUGA